AUAUUAAUCGUUACGAUCGUUGAAUUUAUGUCGUUGAACAAAAGCUAUUCAAGUCCUGAGAUUUUCCUUAAAGACCCUGAGAUCAAACAUAAAGUACCAUUGAUUGCUAAAGAGUACAUCAAUUGGAAUACAAGACGUUUCCGAUUCCGUUUACCCACCGAGAAUCAUGUUCUCGGUGUUCCCCCAGGGCAACAUCUCUACCUUUAUGCUAAUAUCAACGAUGAAUUAGUUAUCCGUCCUUAUUCAGCGAUUUCGACUGAUAGAGAUCGAGGCUACUUUGAUCUUCUAAUCAAAGUUUAUUUCAAAGGUCAAGAUCCAAAUCACCCUGACGGAGGUAAAAUGUCACAAUAUUUAGAUGGUUUAUCCAUUGGAGAUACAAUCGAGAUUCGUGGACCUGAAGGAAAGCUUAAUUAUCUAUCGAAUGAAUUUUUAUUCAAGAAAACUCGUAAUUCAGUUGAGGAGAGGUUUAAUUGUAACAAAGUUGGUAUGCUCGCCGGUGGAACAGGAGUUGUGCCUCUUUACCGGAUUAUCCAAGAGAUUGUCAAUAAUCCUCAGGAUAAAACUAAAGUUUGGUUGAUUUUCGCAAACAAUAGUCCAGAUGAUGUUUUACUAUCGAAAGAGCUUGAAGAUAUCUCCAUUAAACACGGUGAUCAGGUCAAAAUUUGGUACACUUUAGCUAAAGCCGAUGCAGACUGGAAAUACUCAGUAGGGUUUGUCGAUGACGAGAUGAUCAAACAACAUUUGCCCCCACCAAGUGAUGAUACAAUUAUCCUGGUUUGUGGUCCACCGCCGAUGAUUAGGUUAUCAUGUACACCCAAUUUAAAAAAAUUGAAUUACAAUCCAGCCAAAAGGUUCAUAUUAUGAAAUUUCAUUUGCUGAAUCAGAAGUGAAUCAGAGGGAAUUCAAUGGCGACCAAAGAACUGAACCUGGUGCACUCAUCAUGUAAUCUCGAGUUUGCAUGAUGAUAUGAUUUUCUGAUUGAAUCUUCUCGUUGGAACGAUUUUGAACAGGCUAAUAUGUUCAAAGAAAAAUUGAGCUUAGAACCUUAAACCUCCCAAUUAACAUGUCCAAUAGUUUGAUACACAAGUAUUAAUAAGUACAAGUAAUAAUUGUAGUUGAAAUUUCACUUUGAUGGAAAAAUAAUUAAAACGUGACAACAAAUGUAAACUUAUAUUCUAAAUGGGUGUUUAAUUUUAAUUGUUCAAUCAUAAUUUCUGUGUAUUUACCAGCGACUUUGACCUAAUUUAUUUGUCCAUAUGAUUGUCAAUUAAUUUAGUUAAUUGUCUACCUUUGUGCAAACAAAGAAAGGGAGAAAAUUGACAAUUUAAUCGAAUUGUUCAUCGAAAUUGUUGUUUAUUAUCAGAAAUUUUCUAUUAAAUUUUUCUUCUUUUGGGGUAACAAUUUAUUCUAACAAUAAUUGUUUGUCUAUUAAAUAUCGAAUUUAAAAAAACCAUGUAAAGAGUUUAAUUG